AGGUGGCGGAUGAUGUCAUGCCACCGACUGGAACGCCGCUCGCGUGCGUGCGUGCGUGCGAGCGCGCGAGCGCUGACUCAUUCAUUGGUCUCUGAGCCUCCGUGCCGCCGAGCUCCAAAUCAAGCGUCUCGCUCUCCGCUCAGGGGCUGCUGCCUCUGCUGCUGCUGCUGCUGUAACGCCGACGCCACCGCCGCCUCCUCCCAACACCAACCACAACAACCACCGCCACCAACCACAGUGCAGGCGCUGCGACCGUUCGCUAAGCCCGACGGUGUUCCGAGGACUCCCCCACGCCCCUUCCUCGCGGCCACCCCUGCCCACCUCCUGCUCCCUCUAAUCGUCGAGCGGGCGUCCCUCCGACUACUGGCUGUAACGACGUGACCAUCGAUUCCCCCUCUGCACGCGACCCAGCGCUCGGGCCACCCCCCCCCCCCGCCCCCUCAUCUUUUUGUGCCGGAGGGCCCCCCGAGAAGGGAAGAACCGGGGUGGAGAUCAAGGACGCCGGAGCACCAAAUGAGCCAGUGAGGAGACGAAGCGGGGAGGUCCCGGCGGAGCGCUGGACAGGUCAAGGCGAGGCGACGAGGGCAGGAGGGAUUGGGGGAGCGACCCGCGCAACGCCGCGACGGUUCACCUCCCUGCCAUGGCGUCCAAUUUCAACGACAUCAUCAAGCAGGGCUACGUGAGAAUGCGGAGCCGCAAGGUCGGGAUCUACAAGCGCUGCUGGAUGGUGUUCAGGAAGGCAUCGAGCAAGGGGCCCCGUCGCAUCGAGAAGUUCUGCGACGAACGGUCGGCGUACUUCAGCAAUUACCACAAGAUAACGGAGCUGAGCAAUGUGAGGAGCAUAAGCCGAUUGCCCCGUGACACCAAAAAGCAUGCGGUGGCCAUUAUAUUCCACGACGAGAUGUCACGAAUAUUUUCCUGCGACUCCGAGCUGGAGGCAGAGGAGUGGUGCAAGGCGCUAUGUGUUGAGUGCUUAGGAGCCAGACUCAAUGACAUCAGCCUUGGAGACCCCGACCUUCUAGCGGCUGGGGUCCAGCGUGAGCAGAACGAACGAUUCAGCGUGUAUCUGCUGCCCUCUCCAUACCUGGAGAUCUUCGGGGAGUGCACCAUGCAGGUGACCCACGAGAACAUCUACCUGUGGGACGUGCACAAUCCGCGCGUGCGCCUCGUCUCCUGGCCGCUCAGCUCGCUACGGCGCUACGGCCGAGAUCCAACGCGCUUCACCUUCGAGUCCGGCAGAAUGUGCGACACAGGCGAGGGCCUCUUCACAUUCCAGACGCGCGAGGGAGAGGCCAUUUAUCAGAAGGUCCACACGGCCACGCUCGCCAUAGCCGAGCAGCAUGAGCGCGUCCUGCUCGAGAUGGAGCGGAACGCUCGGCUGCUGACUCCGGCUGGGCGCGACUUCUUGACCUGCCGCGCGGCUGUCGCGGUGGCCACGGCUCUGCCGCGCGGCGGAUACUGGCAGCACAUCACGCGACAGCGCAGCUCCUCCGACCUCUGCGAGCUGAGCAGCAGCGGCAGCGGCGGCGGCGGCGGCGGCGGUGGCUGCGGCAUCACGCCGUACGGCUCCUCCGGCCAGCACAGCAAAUACGGAGACUCGUCGCUGAGGAUACGACAUGCAGGAUCGUUCCAGGACUUUGCGACCGAGAGCCGGGGCAGAAUGACGUCCACCGCAGCCACAACCACCACCACCACCACCCCGGGAGGACACAUGUGGCACUGAAAUGUCACCAGAGAGCCUUGGCAUAGUUGACGGCAUUGUCACACGAAGUUGCGUUCACGGAAACGAGUUAAAAUGAGGCGUAGCUUGACGUCCGAUUAGUGGGUGAUGUCAAGGGAACCUUGGAAAUAUAUUUUUUUGUGUGGAGCGCUAUUCCUACUCAUCUUAAACCUUGGCUUCGGUCUGUUAUACAAUGUUAGUGGAAACAAAACAAAACAAAAAGUGUUGCAAUUUUGAGAUGUGACGACAGUGUUUUAGAUCAUGGGACCUCCUUUGCCAGUACCAUGAUGUAGCUGCUCACCCCGAGCUCUCAUUACUCUGAGAGUGCAUUGUCUUUGUGCUGUACGCCUUUUGGCGUCCUCUGGUCCAACAACGUUUUGAGAC